AUGGUUGUCUGCGGCAAUUUGUUUGGAAUGGAACAAAAGAUUGUUGCUACGUGUGACCUGAAGGAGGCCUUCGAUGAUAUUGAUGUUGCCAUAAUGGCCGGCUCAUCGCCGCGCAAACAUGGCAUGGUACUCAGCGAUCUUCUUGCAACUAACGCGUUGAUUUACAAGGAACAUGACGAGGCUCUUGAAAAAUACGCUAAAAAGUCAGUUAAGUUUCUUGUUGUUGGCAACCCUGUCAAUACUAAUUGCCUCAUCAUGAGUAAAUAUGCCCCAUCUAUUCCAAAGGUAAAUUUUACAGCUCUUACACAUCUUGAUCACAACCGUGCCUUGUAUCAGGUCGCUGCCAAGUCCGGUGUCAAUGUUGCUCAUGUCAAAAACGUCAUCAUCUGGGGCAACCAUAGCAACACGCAAUUCCCUGACCUCUCUCACGCCACAGUUUGCAAGGAUGGGAAGCAGCACUCAGCAAAAGAUCUCAUUAAUGAUGAGGAAUGGGUGAAAACCCACUUCACUCCCUGCAUUCAGAAGCGUGGAGCUGCUAUCUUCGACGCUCGCAUGCUGAGCAGUGCUGCCUCGGCUGCCAAGGCAAUUGUAGACCAGAUGCACGAUUGGUGGUUUGGCACGAAAGAAAGGCGAGUGGGUCUCAAUGGCUGUAAACAGUAA